CAGUACUUCUUCGCUUAGUGCAGCAUUUGGCCAACAUGAACUAUGGCAGCCCUAGUUAAGAAUGCUGCAAGUCCUGAAGCAAAUCAGACUGGGAAGCCACUCUAUGGAUUGUUUCAGUAUAAUCAGAAUAUGAUUGGACUGGAGUCUUUACCUGAUCCCUCAGACACUUGGGAAAUAAUUGAGACUAUUGGAAAAGGAACAUAUGGUAAAGUCUAUAAAGUGACUAAUAAAAAGGAUGGUAGUCUAGCAGCAGUGAAGAUUUUAGACCCUAUCAGUGAUGUGGAUGAGGAAAUUGAAGCGGAAUACAAUAUCUUACAAUUUCUUCCUAACCAUCCCAAUGUUGUUAAAUUUUAUGGAAUGUUUUACAAAGCAGAUCAAUAUGUGGGCGGACAGCUCUGGCUUGUGCUUGAGCUGUGUAAUGGAGGAUCUGUCACAGACCUUGUCAAAGGCCUACUGAAGUGUGGCCAACGGUUGGAUGAAGCUAUAAUCUCAUACAUCUUAUAUGGUGCUCUCCUGGGUUUGCAACAUUUGCACAACAACCGAAUCAUCCAUCGAGAUGUCAAAGGAAACAACAUUCUCCUGACAACAGAAGGAGGAGUGAAGCUUGUUGACUUUGGUGUUUCCGCGCAGCUCACCAGUACCAGGCUGAGGAGAAAUACUUCAGUGGGAACUCCGUUUUGGAUGGCACCUGAGGUCAUUGCUUGUGAACAGCAGUAUGACUACUCCUAUGAUGCCCGUUGCGAUGUGUGGUCUCUUGGGAUCACAGCUAUUGAACUGGGUGAUGGUGAUCCACCUCUGUUUGACAUGCAUCCUGUGAAGACACUUUUUAAGAUCCCAAGGAAUCCCCCUCCAACAUUGUUCCAACCGGGAAGCUGGUCGAGAGGAUUCAAUCACUUCAUUUCCCAGUGUCUAAUUAAGGACUUUGAAAAACGUCCCUCUGUCACUCAUCUUUUAGAACAUCCCUUCAUAAGACAAGCCCAUGGUAAAGACAUGGCACUCCAGAAACAACUGGCAGAUCUCAUUCAAGCUCAACAACAAUUAGGCUCAGUAGCCAAGACAAGGCAUGAGCGAAUACACACUCGAAGACCCUAUCGAGUUGAUGCAUCUGACAAAUAUUCUCCGGAUGAUGAUCUAGUAAACCUGGAAGUCCUGGAUGAGGAGACAAUUAUUCAUCAGUUGCAGAAGCGCUUUUCAGACUUGCAGAUUUAUACUUAUGUUGGAGAUAUCUUAAUAGCCUUAAACCCCUUCCAGAACCUCAGCAUAUAUUCUCCACAGUUUUCCAAGCUUUAUCAUGGUGUAAAGCGUUCUUCAAAUCCACCCCACAUAUUUGCCUCUGCAGAUGCUGCUUACCAAGGCAUGAUUACUUUUAACAAAGACCAGUGCAUUAUCAUCAGCGGAGAAAGCGGUGCUGGGAAGACUGAAAGUGCCCAUCUCAUUGUGCAGCAUUUGACCUUCCUGGGAAAGGCGAGCAAUCGUGCUCUGCGGGAGAAGAUUCUCCAAGUGAAUCCUCUAGUGGAAGCCUUUGGGAAUGCCUGCACUGCAAUCAAUGACAACUCCAGUCGUUUUGGGAAAUACCUGGAAAUGAUGUUUACACCAACAGGAGCUGUAAUGGGAGCAAAAAUUUCAGAAUAUCUGCUAGAGAAAUCCAGAGUUAUAAAGCAAGCUGUAGGGGAGAAAAACUUCCACAUAUUUUAUUAUAUUUAUGCUGGCCUUUAUCACCAGAAGAAACUCUUUGAAUAUAAGCUUCCUGAAAAAAAGCCUCCCAGGUACAUUGAUAAUGACACUGGAAAAGUCAUGUAUGAUAUUAUUAGUAAAGAAUCUUAUGGGACCCAGUUUGAAGCAAUCCAGCAUUGUUUUAGGAUCAUAGGGUUUACUGAUGAGGAAGUACAUUCAGUAUAUCGAAUUUUGGCUGGGAUCCUAAACACAGGAAACAUUGAAUUUGCUGCCAUUUCAUCACAACACCAAACUGACAAAAGUGAAGUGCCCAAUGCAGAGGCCUUAGAUAAUGCUGCUGCACUGCUGAGUAUUGGCUCAGAAGAACUUCAGGAAGCUCUUACCUCACAUUGUGUAGUAACACGAGGCGAGACUAUUAUCCGGACAAACACUGUGGAUAAAGCGGCUGAUGUCCGUGAUGCCAUGUCAAAGGCACUUUAUGGCCGACUGUUCAGCUGGAUUGUAAAUCGAAUUAAUACCCUACUGCAGCCUGAUAAAAAUAUAUGCAAUGUUGAAAGUGGAAUGAAUGUUGGGAUACUGGAUAUUUUUGGAUUUGAGAACUUCACAAGGAACUCAUUUGAACAGCUGUGCAUAAACAUUGCAAAUGAACAAAUCCAGUUUUAUUUCAAUCAGCACAUCUUUGCUCUUGAACAGAUGGAAUACCAGAAUGAAGGAAUUGAUGCUCCUAUGGUUGACUAUGAGGACAACAGGCCACUCCUUGAUAUGUUCCUUCAAAAACCAAUGGGAUUACUUUCUCUGCUUGAUGAGGAAAGUCGAUUUCCACAAGCCACAGAUUUUACUUUAGUUGAUAAAUUUGAAGAUAAUUUACGAUGCAAAUACUUCUGGAGACCUAAACGAGUGGAGCUGUGUUUUGGCAUUCAGCACUAUGCUGGAAAGGUUCUGUAUGAUGCUUAUGGCUUUCUUGAGAAGAACAGAGACACCCUUCCUGCUGACAUAGUGGUGGUCCUGAGGACCUCAGAGAAUAAACUUCUGCAGCAGCUUUUCUCAAGCCCUUUAACCAAAACAGGUAACUUAGCUCAGGCAAGAGCAAGAGUGACAGCGGCAUCCAGGUCUUUGCCUCCACAGCUCAAUGCUGGUCGUAUCAAGUCUCCUAAGUACCUUCUCAAGGUGGAUACCAUGGAGAUUAUGAGGCACCCUGAUGAAACGACCAACAUGAAGAGGCAAACAGUGGCUUCCUAUUUCAGGUAUUCACUGAUGGAUCUGUUGUCCAAAAUGGUAGUUGGACAGCCUCAUUUUGUUCGCUGCAUUAAGCCCAAUGAUGACCGAGAGGCACUGAAAUUUUCUCAGGAAAGAGUUUUAGUGCAGUUACGCUAUACUGGAAUUCUAGAGACCAUCAACAUACGACGGCAAGGAUAUUCUCACCGCAUUCUCUUUGAUGAGUUUGUAAAAAGGUAUUAUUACAUUGCUUUCAAGGCUCAUGAGACGCCUCUUCCUAGCAAAGAAAGCUGCAUUGCUAUUCUACAAAAAGCCAAGUUAGACAAGUGGGCUCUUGGUAAAACAAAGGUUUUUCUGAAGUAUUACCAUGUUGAACAGCUGAACUUGUUUCUGCGUGAAGUUAUAGGUCGGGUGGUCAUAAUGCAAGCUUAUACCAAAGGGUGGCUUGGAGCUCGGCGGUACAAGAAACUCAAAAAGAAAAGAAGAAACAGUGCCAUUGCCAUUCAAACAGCCUGGAGAGGAUAUGAUGCACGCAGGAAGUUCAAGGAUAUAAAGAACAGAAGAACCGAUGCUGCUAUUCAUAUUCAAGCAGCUUUCAGGGGAUAUUUAGCUCGCAAAACCUACACAAGAAUGAAGAACAGCACUGGCUACUCAACUGAUACAGAGUCAAUGAGCUUUGCUUCCAAUAUGAGUAGUGAAGAAAACUGGCAGCAAAGGAGCAGCCCAACUUCUCCUGCAGACCUGGAUUUUCUUGACAAACAAACAAACAAGAGUUCAGAUAAUACUACAGCUUCUCUGGUGAUUCAUAGGCAUCCAGAUCAGACAACAGGUCUGCAGAGUCACAGCCAGUCCAACAGUGCUUCAAAUCACCAGUUCUCUUUUGCACUGAGAUCACAUGAAAUGCAAGGUUCAGAAAACUGUCUGGAACAGAAGCUGAAAAUGCCCCGUCGAAGAUGUCAGCAGCCCAAAGUGCUGAAUAGCCCCGAGGACAACAUGUAUUAUAACCAGUUAAAUGGAACUCUAGAAUAUCAAGGGAGCAAGAGGAAGCCAAGAAAACUUGGGCAAAUAAAAGUGCUUGAUUGGGAGGACGAGUAUUACAAAGCAUUAUCAGGUGCAGAUUCCAUCUCUGAGGAAGAUAGUGCAUUCCCAGUUCUUCCUUCCUCCAGAGGAGUGUCCUUUCAGAGCUGAGCUUUUACCACUUACCUCCUUUGGUGCAAUACUGGUUGCCUUUGUCCCAGCUUCCCUGUGGGGUAAGUAAGGAGAACAAAGAGGGGAGGACAAGGAAGGGAAUACUGCCAAGAAGCCUGAAUCAGCUGCCGCUGCCUCCAUCACAUUCACAGCCCCCAGCUCCUACUGUUGCUGCUGCUGCUGCUGCUGCUACUGCCUCCAGAGUGGCAGAUCUGUGGCUUUGCCUUGCCACUGCCCUCCUACCCUGCUCCAGUUGGGACCAUUAGACUCUGGGCUUCUAGCAAACUUUUCUUGCCUCUCUGUGGCCAAAUAUGGAAGAGGGAUAUUGAUCCUCUUCCGCUGUUUACCCUAGGCCAGAGCAUAGUGUAUUGAGAUUAAUCUCAGGCCCCUCCUAUUUUUAGUUGCCCAAACAUUCCUUUGGCUAAAAGACUCUUGAUGCCUCUCUUUUUAAUGGAACUUAAUUUUUUAAGCUUCUGGGUCUUUGCUGUGUCUUUUUCCUGCUUUUCUGUAAUGCCUGAUGUGAUAUUUGGCCUUUAUGUACCUAAGUAACACCUAAGAAUCCAAAAGCAGUUUGUGAAAUA